AUGCAUCUAUUCUACUAUCUCCUACUCCUAUUUCUAGGGCUAGCCCACGCCCACCAAAACUGGGGCCCUAGUAAAUUCACCACCCUAGUCACCUUUGGCGAUAGCUACACAGACGACACACGAGUUAGCUAUUUCUACAACCACAAUGGAUCAGCACCGCCUGUCGGAUGGGUGGAACCUAUAACAAACGACUCCUCCACAGGCGGCUACAUCUGGGGCCACUACGUACACCAAUACGCCCCUCUCACGCACCGCUACAACUACGCCGUCAGCGGCGCCUCCUGCUCCAACGCCAUCACCCCCCGAACCACCUCCUUCGGCCUCUACCCCUCCGUCCUAGAAUACCAAGUCCCCGCCUUCACCGCAGACUCCCUCUACACACCCCCCAACAGCACCGAACCCUUCCUCUCCCUCCCCGUUAACGAAACCAUCUACGCCAUAUGGAUCGGCACUAACGAUCUCGGAAACUACGCUUUCCUAACCGAUUCGCAAGUCCCUGGGAAGACAAUCCCGGAUUAUAUCGAUUGUGUGUAUGAUGCGUUAGAGGGCGUGUAUGCUACCGGUAAGGCGAAGUAUUUUGUCAUUAUGAAUGUGGUGCCGUUGGAGUUGGCGCCGUUGUAUGCGACACCGGAAAAUGGGGGCAUUGGGAAGAAUAUGUAUUGGCCGGAUAAAGCGGGGAAUUUUACGGAGAUUAGUGGUAGGAUGGGUGGGCAGGUGGAGUUGGUUAAUGAGGUUUAUAAGUGGAGGACGGAGGGGGAGUGGGGGGUUGGGAAGAGGUAUAGGGGGAGUAAAGUGGCGGUUAUGGAUGUGCAUGGGUUGGUCCUGGAUAUAUAUAACAAUCCCACGCGGUAUCUGAAUGGGUCUGCGCCGGCGAAUGUCACGGGGUAUAAUCAUCAUUGUGAUCUCACGGGAACGGAGUGUUAUCGGUUGCCGAGUCCGGAUUCGUUUCUUUGGUAUGAUCAGUUGCAUCCGUCGGAGAGGACGGAUCAGGUGAUUGCGGAGGAGUUUGUGAAGGUGGUGAGGGGGGAGAGUCGGUGGGCGAGGUAUUGGGGGUAG